GUGCGAUUGCUUUGGCCUGUGUGACUUGUUUUCAUGAAGAGAAGGCAGACAGAAACAUCUAACAGCUCACUGCGUGGCUGUGACAACAAAGUGUGGCCUCCCAGCCCAGCUCCGCAUUGCCAUGGAUGCCUGUGCCCGGGUCAAAGGUGUUCCACUCAAGAACCGUGCUAGCAUCAGGAAAGAGACUGUCCGUGAGAGUUCAGCCCUGUCCCUGAGGAGCCUUUUAAGGAACAGGAAGGAGUUGAGCAAUGUGGUGCCAGAGCUGCACGCUAGAGAGUCACAGUGUCUGCAACAAAUACAUUUCAUAUGCUUACCAAGUGCUACAGAAGGCGAGGAUUUCACACUACAGGCUGUGACCUCGCUUUCUACAGAAUUGUUGGAAUUGCUGAGAUCCCUACAUGUGCAUACUCUCAGAGAUGAAGAAGUGCUGCUCAUCAAAGAUCCAAAGCGAACCUUAGACAGAAAAGACGGAAAGUCCCAGACUAACUCAUCCAGAGCCAUGUGCAUAUUGAGACAUGGCAGCCCUCAACAGAUCAGUGUUUGUACUAUGUUGGGUCUACUGAACCGUUAUACAACAGGAAUAAGAUAUGCUCUGGAGGUACAGUCUCUACAGAGGGGCAUAUCAGAGUCAUGUCAAGCUGAGGAUGAUGACACGAACCAGUCUGUUUCUUCUAUCGAGGAAGAUUUUGUUACAGCUUUUGAACAUCUGGAAGAGGAAGACACAGUUGUAUAUAACAAGAAGAACCAGAGAGAUGUGGCCUCCCAAACUCUCCCCUCCCAUUUCAAAGAUUUAUCUGGGUCCCGUAUUAUAAUUAGUUCUUUCUCCAAGAAGUCCAAGAGUAAACAGAAGUCAAUUACGGAUGUGACCGGAUCCAUACAGAAGUCACCGACAACAUAUUGCAGGGGUACAGAUAAUGACUGUAACCGAGCCACACCAAGUAACCUACCAAAAAGACGUGUUACCUCUACAUCAUUUACUGAGUCUGAUGAUUCAGACUGUUCUAGUCCAAGUCCCAUAAUUUUUUUAGACGAGGUUGGUUAUCAGAAGAGUCUGAAGGCAAAGCUUGACAUUCCAAAGAUCCCGGUUCUUAAAGAAGGUGUAGAAGAUUCUGACUCAGAGGUUUGUGAAUUUUUUGAUAGUUUCGAUCAAUUUGAUGAUCUGGACCAGUGUUUUGAUUCUACUAUGAAGGUGCCAAAAGAACAGGUUCUCGUCACCAAGAAAAAAAAGGCAUCUGACGGCACUAUUAGUAAAUAUGAUUUAAAAGGUGGAUCAACAACAGCAAUGAACCCUCACAAGUUUGACCACAGGACUCUUCCAGCCAAUAUCAAGAAGCCUACUCCGCUUAAACCAGGAUCUCCGUAUAGCAUACAUUCAGAUGCGCCAGAUUCUCCACGACCAGUGAGGACAUCCUGUGAGGAGAACGGGGGACUCUUCAGUCCAGUUCACUCAUCAGCAUUUAGUCCUCUGGGAGAAGGAGGAGCCUUGGAGUGUUUUUGGAAACUAGAUGGAGAUGUUUCAGAAUUGCGCAAACCACAGGAUCUUUGUACGCUCUAUAAAACUUAUUCCGAUUUUGCAAACAAUCUCUCGAAAGAAAUUCUCGGAACUGUGUGUGGGUACUCUUCUCCUGUUGAUAUUAACAUUAAUAAGAACUUGAGUUGUGUAUGCCACAAAGAAUUCAAAAACACUAAUGGACAUCUGAUGAAACUGUCAGAGAUUCAGGAGACGGUCACUAUUGCCAAAUCACACUCACAAUCUCUGAAGGAUGGGAUUCAAAAGUUUGCUACAGACUUGGUUGAAAUGAGCAUCGGCAGUGCCUUAAGAGAUUUACAGAAAGGAGUGUCGUCCUGCACUACAACACUUUGCCAUUUAGCUGCUAGGCUAACAUCUUCAGUGUUUCAUAUGGCUUUUCAAGAGAUAGGAAUGCGCCAUGCGUAUGUAUUAAAGGAGCGUGCCAUAAAUGGAUUGGCUGGUUUCCUUGUCGGGGAAGCAGUCUCCGGAGCUCUGAAAGAGUUUCUGUUUGUAAAAAAGCAGAUUUUUAACAACACUGUUACGAGAUUUGCAGCUGAUCUUGCUGAGGAAUUAGUAUUUGAGGGAAUUAUGGAGGUAUGCCAAUUCUCUCAUCCUUCUACACCUCUUACCCCAAAAGAUUGGUCGUUUGAACAAGAAGAGGAAGUUGUUUGUUCUUAUGCUUCAGAUCUUUCUGAAUCAGUUCUUCAAGAAGCUUUCAUAGAACUUUCCCAAGCUGAUGUGACUUUCACAACACAGGCAGCCAUAAGUGUGUCAUUGGACAAUAUCUGCUAUGUCAGUGCAGAAGAUGCUUCACAGACCACAAAAAUCUGCAAUGCCCAGUCAAGUUACCAGAAUUUAGAGUCACUUGUCCAUACUGGUAAUCAAGAAGAAGAAGAUGGCUGCACUGUAAAGAAAGCUUUGUACUGUGUUUCUGGCAUGGCCAGUUGUGUACCCGUCCCUGCAGCUGGCAAAGCUUUAUCGUACCUGCAGAACCCAGAGGAAAUGUGUCGGUAUAAGUCCAGCAUUAGUCACACUUGCCAGAGCAGCCCCAAAAGAAGCGUUUGUUCCCAAGGGAGGGCAGUUACCUCCACUUCAAACACAUCCUCUGCAACAUUUUCUGAGUCAGUGCUAGGUAUUUCCAAAAUCCGUAAUGUCUGCGGUAAUCUUGGGAAUAUAUCUACAAGUGCUGCUGAGAAACCUUCCGUGGGAAAAGGUUUCGAGAAAGUUUCUGGCGCUAUGGUUGAGACAAUAGUAGGUGAAGCAUUUGACAUUGUGUCCACAAGCAAAAUGAAGAAAAAAGUGGACGACUGUGCUGAUUUCUUGUGUAAAAAUAUAGGGAGUCGAAUGGCUACAUGUACUGGUACAGCAAAAUCGCAGGAUGUGGCAUGUCAGAGUUCACCACAUUAUGAUUUAUGCAUAUCACAGAAAAUUUUGUCUUUAAUUCCUAAAGGAGAUUUGAAUGAGUCGUCAUGUUUUUCUCAGCCUCACUUAACUUCAAAGAACAUGGAUAAAACACUUUGUCAAUCUGGCUUAAAAAAUAUACGCCCACUUGACAAAUUCUCACCAGAAGUCCAGCCUUCUGUGAUAAAAGAUACUUUGGAAGUGCCCAGUUUUGAAGGGGGUAUUCGUGGGAGCAGAAAAGUUGUCUCUGAAGACAUUCUUAAUGGCAGCAUUGGAACAAGAGCCAAUGGAAGCCCUGGCACUCCUCCUUCAACUCCCCAACAACCAUCAGACAUCUCGAGUGAGAAAAAGCUUAAACAAUUUUCAAAGAAGCUCAAGGGCAAGCUUGCAAAAGAAUUUUCCCCUGCCACCCCCCCACCCACGCCACAUUACGAGCCCACUCCAGGACUGGAAGAGGGCUCAGAUUCAGAGAAAGAGGAAUUCAUGCUGAGGCUUAUGAGGUCCCUUUCUGAGGAAGCUGUCAACAAUGAAGAUGAUGAUGAUGAGCAGGAAGAGGGUCUCAACACUGCAGCCCAAAACACAGAGCAAAGUCCCAGUGUGGGAAACAAAAUGAUUGAAAAAGGUGCUUUGCGUUAUGCUGAGCGUUUAGCAUGCCAUAUUGUUUCCAUGGCAACCGAGAUGGAUACAUUAAGCAUUGGUGAUGUGAGUAAGCCAGAGAUGGAAAAAGACAAUGAGAAUGUUGCUUUACAUAGUGCACAAUUCUCAGAACAGACCUUAAACUCCUUGUGGACUUAUGCUGGAGAAAUUGCUGGGGAGGUCAUCAGUGAUGUAAAGAGGAUGAUGAGUUCCAGCCCUUGCCGUCACAAAACUGUCAAAAGAGGAUCUUUUAAGUCAGAUAAGCCACACCCUGGUGGCUGGGAUUACUGUCACUUUGUCAGCAAAACUAACCAGUGGUCAAAUGAUCUCGUUCUGCCAGUUCCUAGUCCUCAGAGUAACACUUCAAGUAAAAUCCUCAUGUCUCAGUCUGAAUCCAAAAGCUGUGAAGCUACUGAUGAUUAUACAGGAUAUGUUAUCAAGGUACUUAAAAAAGAUGGAGGAAACCGUGAACUUAUCCUUGAUCAGUAUGCCAGUCAGCUGGCUUAUAAAUCUAUUAAAGCAGGCCUAGCUCAUGCUGCACAGAAAAUCAAGCAGAAGUCCACUCUAAGAAUGAGCUCAUCUCGACAUUUACAACAAGAGGGCGGCCGCGGCAUUUGCAAGAUCCCACCAUCUGAGUCGUCUCUUGCUAUUCUCGCCACAGGUCAAGAAGGGGCCUCUAGUGAAUCCAUUCUGUGCGUUUGUCAAGAUGUUGAAAGCGUUGGUGGGAAGGAAUACAUGGAACUUGUGAACUUUGCAGAGUCCUUGGCUUACAAUAUUACAUGUGAUGUCACACGAAAGCUAAGAACAUCUUCAAUUAGGCUUCCAAAAUCACUUACAGACUCGUGCCUGUACCGGAAGUCAAAUGUUGAAGACAUGGCAGAAAAUCUAAUCAAAACUGCAUUUUCCUGUUCAGUUUUGUCAUACAGUGGGAAAAACAGGCAGUAUCACAGCACCAGCAGCUUAGAUGAUGGAAAUUACAAUAAUGGUGUUAUGCAAGUAAUUGAGCAUUAUGCCAGGAAGAUUGUUGAUGACACGUUGGAAAUGACUCUAGGGUCUACAGCUCUUCAGACAGCAGAAGAGAGGAGAUCUUUGGACCUCGGUUCUUUCACUGAGAAAUUGACAGAGGCAUACAAGGCUUGUCGGUACUGUCAAGCAAAAGAUUGCUCUUUUUGUAAAAAUUGUCACCUUAAGUAUCAUGGAAUGCAGAAGAGAAUGCAGCAAGACUCGGACACAGUGGUUGGUUUUGAAAUUCCCAAAAUCCACAUCGAUUUGGACAAGAGAGCAGUUUUUGCUGAAGAAAUGGUAUCUGCAGCACUUGAGAAAGCGAAGAAGGAACAUAGCAGCACCAGCUUAAAUGCGGACAGUGGGAUUGGACAUGAUGGCGCAAGCUUCGCAGAAAGCCUCACCACAGAGAUCAUGACGUCUGCGUUGUCCAACAUCUGCCAAACCAUCAACCUCAGUGCCCCUGGGAGUGAGAGUGUCAACGUGACCGAGUCGACUGUCAGUCAGCAGCUGAAUCUAAGUGUGGGGGAUGACAGUCUUGGCAGCUGGUCUAAUCUGAGCUUCGAAGAAGACCAUCCUGAUGAAAGUAGUAGCUUCCAUCAUCUAAGUGACAGCAGUAAUGGGAACAGCAGUAGCUGGAGCAGUCUGGGGUUAGAGGGCGAAAUGUAUGAAGAGCAUUUGUCCUUCUCUCCAUCAGACAGUGACUACACAGAGGAGAAGGAAGCUGAAGCCAAGAACUUCAUGGGUGGGACGGUGCGAGUAGAGAGGGGCCACACAGAAGGGGACAGGGCUUUGCUCGUGGUCAGUACAGAUGUAUGCGGGCAGGGCACAGAUCCGCAACUGAGAACGGUGCUGCAGUGGAUGGCGGCCUCAAUCACUGAGCUGCCAGUCAUGCAGCUCAGUGAACAAUCUGAAAGGGAGCUGCAGCAGUUUCUGCGUGUGGUUCAGAGGCUGAAAGAGAGAGAGUGGAGAGUCUGCGAGCUCCUUCAGGCUCUUCUUAGAUACUACGAGGGGCAUCCAUCCGAGGAGGAACCAUGUGCUGAGGAAACAAGACACGAACAUGGGUCCCUUUUCCACUGGCUGCUUGAACACUCGUAGACCAUCACUGCUUACACUAUUUGAUGACACGCCUGUAGUAAGCGCCUAAUGGCAGUGUGUUGAGGUGAAGAUUUUGAUCACAUUCACAUUUAUGCGCGACGUAGCUGCCUGUUUAGAGGCCUAGCCAGUGGGGUGUGUCGGGUGCGCGGGUGUUUGAAUGUAUUGCAUGCCGUUACUGAAGGUAUUUUUGUUCUCCAUUUUUGGUUGUCACUUCUGUUAUUUGUCUCAUAUGAUAUUGAAUUGCAUAUCGCACAUUUAGUAUGUUAUAAUUUGCACUUCUCUUAGUGUUUUGCCUUCAUGCCCUAAGCCAGUGUUACAAGCAGAGGGCUCAGUGACGGCAUUGCUUAUUUAAAGGGAAUCCCUAGAGCAGAGUCGAAUAAUACUGUAGAUCACCUCUCUUUACGGGAAUAUACACGAUAAAGGGACCAGCCAGCAGAACCACUGCACCUCCUAUAUCCAUGGUCUUGGCCACUGUAGAAUUUUAUACUUUGAUAUACAAAUGAAUGAAAAUAGUAGUGGAAAGUAAUUAUAGGUCAACUGUAACUUAUAUCAGAUGCUCAUGCAGCUACCCAAGUAGUUAAAAUACCAUUUCACUGUAAAUAUUUUAACACUAAAAAAACAACAAAAAAAAAAACAGCUGCUCUCAACUGACUCCAUCAAAAUCUAUUUUGAUAAUAUUCCCCUUUUAGUGAGAAAUCCUUUACUUUUUCAGUGUUGUCUCAGGAUGGCACAGAUUUUAUUAAAAUGCACUAAAGGAUAAGUAUUUAUGACACCACAUCAUACAGUAUAUGUAAACUAUAUUUUUUUGUAUGGCUAAAAUAGUCAGAUGGUGUGGUGCACUCAGACGUUCCUUAAUAUCCGAGUGAUCUAGGUAUAUGAAACUGUAUGAAAUACACUGUUGCCAAAAAUUAAGGAACACAAAUUGAUAUUUUUUUAAGAGUACAUUUCCUGUACGUUAAGUAAAUACUUGACAUGGUAAAUAGUCAGUAAAUGACAAGCUGCUAAACAGGCAAAGAAGUUCUGUAGUAUAAAGAAGAAGACGGUAGUGCAGUUUUGCCACAUUACUGUAAUAGUGCGACACUAUGUACAGUUUGUACCUGAUGUGGGCAUGUACUGUACAGUAGGUCACAUUCUUUGCUUAUGACGAAUUGAUAUUAGGGUUGUAAAACUGUCCACCCCCUCUUCCAAUUCUUCUUUUGUACAGGAUUAACUGUAAAAUAACUGGCUCCUAUUUCGGGGUUGUGAAAGAUGGAAGACAUCAUAGAAAGAAAGAAAUGUGUCAGAAAUUUGGUUUUAAAUUUCUACUUUAAUGGUCAUUCUCUUUUCCCCCUACCUAGACUUUGAUGUUGAUGUUUCUUUGAGUUCUGUUUAUAACAUUUGUGGUUGCUUAGAUUCCUCAGAGCACCACUCUAAUUUGAACCACGAAUGAACCACAGCUUCAAGUGCCUGCAUAACUCGGUCACUAAUCACACACUCCUUACGUCUCCUGGAGAUGUUUUACACCCCAGCAGGAAAUCAACCACCACAGACUUUCCCACACUAUCCCGUUCCCCUCACUGACUCCACUUUACUGUGCACUCCCCAUGAAGGUAGCACUUUACUCUGGAAUGGCCAAUAUAGGUCCUUCCCAACUUAUGUCAGUAUCUCAGAACAGUAUAUUUCCCACACUAGGCCCAAUAUUAAAACCAUCGAAAGUGUGUUAAGUAUCGAUAAUGUAUACCAUGCUGUGGAUAAGUUUAAGGAUGCUUUGAUAGCAUCCAAUCAAUUUGUUCUGUUCUCUCUGAGUCGGAAUGUAUACGUAGUGCAGGUUCAAUUCCUGCAGCUGAACUGAUUCAGAGUUGAAUUGCUUUUGAACCGUGUUGGAGAAUGCUUGGAACCAGACCUCACUCUGAGGGCCUCAAACCAGUUGUUCUGGUCUGCAACUGAAUGCAAUAGCUGUGUUCUAUGGUGCACAAACAUAACAUACCAAGUGUGAAAAACACACUAUGGUUCACUUCAAUUGGACUAGCUUCUGUGUAUGUAAAAGCAGCUCGAGGGGAUUCUAGCCACAAGCCAUUCAGUUUAAACUGACGUGCUGUCAUUGAUGUAUUGUUAAAAAAAAACGACUCAGUUCAAAAUCCACUAACGGUAUGGUUUAGAGUUAUACCCAGUGGAAUAGGCAGUAUGGAGAUCUGGGUAGUAGAACGUAUUAUUCCACAUUAACACUAAUGCAUGCUAUUCUAUCCCUUCCUGCAUACCUGUAUUACUAUUAAAUUAAAUGUUCCGUUUGUGCCAUCAUAUCAUCAAUGAUUAUUUCUCAUAAGCAUGGUCCAAAGGCGUACAGCACUGUGGCUGCUCAUGCUAUCUGUAUGUAAAUUGCUACAGUGAAAACAUUUCUAUUUUCACGGUGCCAUAAAUUGAAUUCCGAUGAUUCAGGCUGAUUUGUUUACAUGAUUUUAAAUUGCCAUUAAAAAAAAAAAAACGUUGGUCAUUGGAGGAGGCUAUUGUAGAAAAAAUAUCUAAUCUCAGUGCGGUAAGACAGUUUGGUUUUUAGAGCUGACCACCCUAAAAAAAAGAAAACUUGCAUAAUUUAUGAAAACAGUUGAAGGUAUACAGUAUUUGCAGAUACACUUUUUCCUCUUUCGCAGUGGGAUUAUAUAUGCUUUUGCUGUAAGUAUGAACAGACAUAAAUGUGCUGGCUUUGUGUACUGACUUUAUUUUAUGUACAUUCCUAUAUUUCAAUAUAUGACCUAUUGCUAUUUGUGUUAUUUAAAGCUGUGUGUACUGCAGAUUUGACAUCAUAGUUUAAAGGUAAAAUAUUUUACUUGUGCAGUGUCAUGCUCAUCUCAGUGAAGUAGAUAAACAAUAUUACACUGACUUCUCUAUUUUUCCUGCUUAUUUGUAUUAUUCUGAAAAAGUAAGAUAUUUAAUAAUUUAUGUCAGUAUAACUUAUAAUUGUGAUCACACUAGUGAAGUUGCUAAAUAGUUUACAUAUUAAAAGUCUAAAGUAAGAGCACUACACCUGUUAAAGCUGUGGGAAAGAAUAAAGCAUUUUCAUGUGAA